AGGAAUGAGUUAACUGGGAACGCGUGAGGUAUAACGCGUGAGGUAUAACGCGUGAGGUAUAACCCCGAGGACAACCCCUACACACCUCAUGAUACGUUGAGAGAUAGUUAUUGUGAAUGAGCUUUCACUACUCAGCCCUAACAGCAACAGGAAGUGACGAUAGUCUGAACCGAAAGGGUUUUAUCCAUCAAGAUUACCUUGAUCACGAUGCUAACAUUGAGGAUGAGUAUGCGAUCUCAGUUCCAAAGGAUGAUAUAGAUGACAAGAUAUUAUUGAAAAAGCAGUCUGUGAAGCGGGUAUUUGGAUAUCCUAUAACGAUACCCUUCAUCAUCUCAAAUGAGUUCUGUGAGAGAUUUUCCUACUAUGGAAUGAGAACUGUACUCAUGAUUUAUCUCACGAAAAAGCUAAUGAUGAACAAGGAUGAUGCUUCUGAUUGGUAUCACGAAUUUGUUGCUCUAUGCUAUGCAACCCCUCUUCUAGGAGCACUAAUCGCUGAUGUUUUCCUUGGAAAGUAUCUGACCAUCUUGAUACUCUCGGUGGUGUAUUGUAUUGGUAAUGCCAUAAUGGCACUCACUGCUGUCGGCAUGUGGUUUCCAGCAGCGAGUAAUCCAGAGGGGGCAACCGACAUUCAGCCUCAGACGUGGGGACCUUUGUUAGGACUUCAAAUAAUUGCUUUGGGGACUGGUGGUAUUAAACCCUGUGUUUCUAGUUUCGGUGGCGAUCAAUUCCUUAAAUCAGAGUCAGGAAGAGUUCAACGGUAUUUCUCCAUGUUUUACUUCUCGAUCAAUGCUGGCAGCACAGUGGCAACUCUUUUAACUCCCGAGCUCAGAAGUUCAAGCUGUAUGGGUGAAACGACUUGCUUCCCAUUAGCGUUUGGUGUGCCAGCCUUUUUCAUGGUACUGGCUGUGAUAGCGUUCGUGUUGGCCAGUAAAUGGUAUGUCAAAGUUCCUCCCCUAGGAAACCCCAUCGUCGAUGUUGCUAAAGUCUCUUGGGCAAUGGCCACCAGUAAAACGAGUCCGGAAGAGCUCUUUGGUGCAAAGAAAGUCGCUGAAACUAAACAGCUAUUUAGAGUUCUGGCUGUCUUUAUCCCAUUUCCAUUUUUCUGGGCCCUGUUUGAGCAACAAGGAAGCAGGUGGAUUGUGCAGGCCCAAAGACUGAACGGGCAACUUGGGAGCAUCACAAUCAAGCCAGAUCAGAUGCAAGUGUUUAAUCCACUGCUAAUUUUGGUUAUGAUUCCUGUGUUCGAGACUGUGGUGUAUCCAUUGAUGAAAAAAGUUGGCAUACCCACCGGGGCUACCUUCCGAAUGGUAGCUGGAAUGGUCCUCGUUGCAUGUUCUUUCUUAAUUUGUGGAUUUGUCGAACUUGGAAUGGAGGAACGAGUUGCUGCGUACAAUGAAGCACAUAUGUCCAGCUACACUCUGGAGACUCUACCCCAGGAAUUUCAGUUACACAUCCUCACCACUAUCCCCCAAAUCUUCAUCAUCACUUGCGGAGAAAUCUUGUGUUCUAUCACUGGUCUUGAAUUUGCUUACGCUUAUGCUCCAGCCUCCAUGAAAUCAGUCUGUCAGUCUUUCUUCCUCCUCACAAAUGCAUUCGGAAACAUCAUCACCAUCAUCUUUACCAAGGCAACCAAGAGAGAUCUUCAUCUCUACUUUAUGUGGGCAGGAAUUGAGAUUGCGGCCGCUAUUGCCAUGUUCUUCAUUACUCGACAAGUAAUAGGUCCACUGGAAAAAUUCAAGUUGGAGAGCUGCCAAGAAGAAGCAGUCAAGCCUGAAGAUGUUCAGAUGAAGGAGGUUAAGAAGAAAUAACUGCACAGUUUUCUGUUGAUCAGAAACUACCACAUUCCACCGAGUUUUAAUUACUAUUAGUUUACUAGGAAAAUUUUCUAGGACACUUUUUUAGGACACAUAAUUUUAAUUGUUUACUAUUUUAGGGUUCAAAUUUCAAUUUUAAUGCUACAAUGCUAACAUUGGUAAUAGUUACGGAAAUUUGUUGCUAGUAUGUUAGGUAUUACAGUAUUACUAUGUUUUAUUUAGCUAUAAUAUAUGAUAUAACUAAUUUAUUGCUUAAAUUUAUGUUAUGCCAAGUGCUCGAAUGAUUCAAUAAAUUUGUGUUCUAGAACUGAAAAUCAUAAUGUCCAUCGAGCACCAAGGAAUUGGCGAAUACAUUGCCGUAGGGUUUAUGUUUUGUAUAGGUUUUAGAGGUUCUUAGUAUUAAGAAUAAAAUAUGAGGUUGAUUAUCAUUGCGCAGAUAUGAUCAUCGACAUAUUUCUAUUAACUUGUAAUUACAAAUUUCAUGAUUUAUGCCCAUAAAAA